GAUGUCCACCUCAAACCGGGUAUACUGCUUUUGUAAGGACGAUAACUCCACUUUGGUUGAUUCCAUUCUACGUCAGGUGUCCAACGAACUCGGGAGUUCUCUUGUCUUAUUUGGCUGCAGCCCGGGGAUCACUGACGAAUUAAUCAAAAUGAAUGGUUCGUUUGUCCGACGUCUUAUAGAAGAUACCGGCAUGUUAAUGUUUCCAAGGGAAAUCUUCAGAAAACCUACACUUCCUGAUGACUUUAAAGAGAAACGUUUAGAAGAGGAAAACGUGGAGUUAGUCCUCAGUAAUUUGCAAUAUAGAGAAGCUAAAGAAUAUAUUGUACACAUGAUUAACAUAUUGCCAAGCACGUGCAUUCUCAAUAAAGAUGGCAAACCAGUAGCUUGGAUACUUCAGCAAGAGUAUGGAUGUUGUGGAAUGCUGCAUGUGAUGCCAGAAUAUAGAAGAUUAAAUCUUGGAAGCAUUGUAGGACAGCUUCAAGCCGAAAAAAAUUUUGAAAAUGGCGAUGAGGUCUAUUCAUGGGUAGAUAAAACAAAUCAUCCAGCACUAACUUAUAAUCUGAAAAAUGGUGUAGUUCCUUUGCCCGAUUUUAUUGUAACUUGUUCAGAAUACAUGUACAGAAGAGUGACAAAUUAAAGA